AUGUGGAUCUCUUCGAGACCACGAACGGGAAUCAGGAUGGACGGACAACCGAUAGAACUCGUCGAUGAGUACUGUUACCUAAGCUGUACGCUGAAGAACAAUGGCAGCUACGAGAAAGAUGUUCAGCAAAGAUGCGCUAAGGCCACUUCUGCAUUUAACUCCUUAACGAAAUGCCUGUGGUCGACCCCCAUCACCAACGAAGUCAAGCUGCGAGUCUACCUAUCCGCAAUUCGCCCCAUCAUGAUGUACGGAUCGGAGACUUGGACAGCACCAUCAACGGUUAUGGAGAGGCUUCACUGCACGGAACGAAAGCCGCUUAGACGGCUACUUGGCUACUUUUGGCCUAGGGUAUGUCACAAUGAAGAUCUUUACGCAGAAAUUGAUGUGGUAUACCGGCGGAUGACACGUGGAAAACAUCAACAUCUUGCACCGCCAUCGAAAGUGGCUAAAGUAAAUCGUCUUCGCAUCUUUGGUCAUAUAUUAAGGAGACCGGCAGAUCGCCUUGUUCAACAAGUUCUGAGAAGUUCGUCGGGUUCGAGCUGGAGGAAGCCACCUGGCCGAAAAAGGAAGUUCUGGACUGAGGCGGUGAGAGAGGACCUGAGGACACUCGACGUGGAUAGGCAGUCCAGGCGAGACAAGAUCGAGAAGGCUGGGCAGAGCUGUGUUCAAGGACGGCACACCUCGGCGAAGAUGCGGGUAAUCGCGUCAGGCGAUGACAUCAGCCCGCCGAUUAAGUCAGGUCAAGAGCCAGGAGCAGAAGAGGGAAUUGCUAUCAACUAUUUCGACGCGGCCAAUUGGAUACUACUGUUCGGCAGAGAUUUAGCCCAAAUUAUUGUCACACCUGUGAAUCAAACACCCACACUUCCCAAUAUUCCAGUUGACCAGCAGCAGUUAGCAGUAUUUGACUAG